UUCCCUCAACGACCUGAGUCGGGGAGACAGACUUUAAAAUCAAUUACUGGCAGGGGAAGGGGCAGAGCAAGCCUCCUCCCUCAGAUUGGAAAGACACGCCCAAGCUGACCUGGACCCCGCUAUUCCUGGGGUCCCUCCCGGAUGGCAGAUUGCCGAGGCCUCGACGAUGCCAGAAUUUGGGCCCUUACAGCACAGGGUAAGCUACUCGCAGUGGUUGGAAAGCCAACGAAGCUUCCGGGUGACCCUGGUCAGACUCUGGGUGCAGCUGGGUGUGGAUGGCUGCCCGAUGCGAGGUUUAGCCUGCCAGAGGAGCGCCCCACCAGGAGCCUUUGUCUUGCAGGGAAAUAGGGGACUCCGGGACCGAAGCCUCCGGGCCGUUCAGUCGGGGGUCCACCUCUGUCUCCCCAGCCCACCCCAGCAGCCCGACGGCAUGAGUGAUGGGCAUCCAGGAAGUUCCCCGGCCCUCUGUUCAGGCACGGAGGAGGAUGGAGGUGCAACAUCAGAUCCGUGGACUCUUGAUCCCCAAGAUACGGGAGCAGAUGAAGAAGCUUCAGAUCCGCCCCAGAUCCCAAGCCCCAACUCGUCCAUGACCACGAAGGAGCUCCAGGAGUACUGGAAGAAUGAAAAAUGCUAUCGGAAACCCGUCAAACUGCUCUUCGAGAUUGCCUCCGCCAGGAUCGCAGAGAACAAUUUCUCCAAAUUCGUGAUGUACAAGAUCGUCAUCGUCCAGACGGGGAGCUUCGAUGGCAACAAAGCGGUAGUGGAACGUCGCUAUUCAGACUUCGAGAAGCUGCACAAAAACCUCCUGAAGGAUUUCAGCGAGGAGAUGGAGGAUAUCGUCUUCCCCAAAAAGCACCUGACGGGGAACUUCACGGCGGAGAUGAUCAGCGAGAGGAAACUGGCUUUCAAGGACUAUCUGCGGCUCCUGUAUUCGAUGCAGUACAUCCGGAGGGCCCGGGCCUUCACGGAUUUCCUGACCCGGGCGGAGCUGGAGGAGGCUUACAGCUGCCUGAGGGCGGGGCAGUACACCAAAGCCCUGGAUAUCUUCUUCCAGGUGGUGCCCCUGCAAGAGAAACUCACCCACCACCACCCAGCCCUCCUGGUCCCCUCCCUCUGCGCCAUGCUGGUGUGCCACCGGGACCUGGAGCGUCCUCUGGAAGCCUACGCGGUCGGGGAGAGGGCUCUCCUGCUCCUUCAGGGGCGAGGCGGGCACAGAUAUUACACGCCGCUGCUGGAGGCCAUGAUCCACCUGGCCUACCAGCUGGGGAAGGACUUUGUGUCUCUGCAGGAGAAGCUGGAAGAAAGUCAGCUCCGAAAGAUCCCUGCCAAGAUGGUGACCUUGAAGGAGCUCACCGUCCGAGAGUACCUGCACUAAAAGCAGCGGGGCCCAGAGAGUAGAGAGCGAUCUCCUGGGAGUCAGGAGAUCUGGGUUCUGAUCCUGACUCCGCCAACUUUCUGCUGGGUCGUUCUUGAGGGGAUCGCUUAACUUCUCUGUUGGAAGCAGCGUGGCCUAGGGGAAAGAGCGCAGGCCCGGGAGCCAGAUGAUCUGAA